AUGCCACCAAAGGCACCGCUUGCAGGCGCUUGGGAAGACGACUGGGAGACUAUUGCCGAUAAAGAGGACGCGAAACCACAGGAAGACCAGCCUCCGCCGAAAUUGACAAAGGCUCAGCUCAAAGCCCAACAUGCUGAGCUGAACCGAAAGAUCUGGGAGUCCGCCGAGAACCCAGACCCGCAAUGGUACCCCGAAGCACACAACCCCGCCCCCGUCCAGGCCCCCUUCAAGCCCAAAGUCACCAUGCUGGCCCGCAAGCCCGCCCCGCAAGUUUUAUCCCGAAACAUGGCCGGCCUGAACCUCGACGACGACGACAGCGAAGAAGAGCGGCGCAAAAAAGCCGCUGCCGACUUCGAAGAGCGAAAACAGCGCGCCCAGCGCGAACGUGCCGAAAAAGAACGCAAGUACGCGGAAGCACGCGAACGCAUCUUCGGCUCGCCAGCGGCGUCUGAGGGCUCGCGCAGUAACUCGCCGAACAAAGCGACACGGGGGAAGGGCAAGGCGAGAGGGGUCGCCGGCACGAACAGCGGCGCCGGCGCCAGCGAUGGCGAGGGGGUUGUAUGA